UCGCGCCUCUCCUCCUCCUCCUCCUCCUCCGUCUUCACGAGUUCUCCUCCCGAAACCUGAGCGAGGCGGCGGCUGAAGCGAGAGGAGAUUCCCCCGUUUCCCCUCAGUCGACAUGGCUACAGUCGUAACCUCGACCCGCUUCACGGACGAAUAUCAGCUGUACGAGGAACUGGGAAAGGGCGCCUUCUCAGUGGUUCGGCGAUGCGUCAAGAAGUCCACUGGUCAGGAGUAUGCUGCUAAAAUUAUUAACACAAAAAAGCUCUCAGCCAGAGAUCAUCAGAAGCUGGAGCGGGAGGCAAGAAUCUGUCGUCUACUCAAACAUCCAAACAUAGUACGCCUCCAUGACAGUAUCUCAGAGGAAGGCUUCCAUUAUCUGGUCUUUGACCUGGUCACUGGAGGAGAACUAUUUGAGGACAUUGUGGCUAGAGAGUAUUACAGUGAGGCUGAUGCCAGCCACUGCAUCAAUCAAAUCCUGGAAAGCGUCAGUCACAUCCACCAGCAUGACAUCGUGCACAGGGACCUCAAACCAGAAAACCUGCUGUUGGCCAGUAAGCUGAAGGGAGCAGCAGUGAAGCUUGCAGAUUUUGGUCUGGCCAUUGAGGUGCAGGGAGACCAGCAAGCAUGGUUUGGUUUUGCAGGAACUCCAGGGUACUUGUCCCCAGAGGUGUUGAGAAAGGAUCCAUACGGCAAACCAGUGGACAUAUGGGCUUGUGGUGUGAUCCUGUACAUUUUGUUGGUGGGUUACCCCCCCUUUUGGGAUGAGGACCAGCACAAACUGUACCAGCAAAUUAAGGCUGGCGCUUAUGACUUUCCUUCUCCAGAGUGGGACACAGUGACCCCUGAGGCUAAGAAUCUGAUCAAUCAGAUGCUAACUAUUAACCCUGCCAAAAGGAUCACUGCUGACCAAGCCCUCAAACAUCCAUGGGUCUGCCAACGUUCCACUGUGGCCUCCAUGAUGCACCGCCAAGAGACUGUAGAAUGCCUGCGCAAGUUCAACGCCAGGAGGAAGCUCAAAGGGGCUAUCCUUACAACAAUGCUGGUGUCCAGAAACUUUUCAGUGGGACGGCAGCACACCAGCCCUGCUGCUACCACCAGCACAGCUGCAAUGGCACAGGAAGCAUGCAAAACCUUACUAAACAAAAAGUCAGAUGGCGUGAAGUCGCAGGGAAACAGCAGUAAAAACAGUGUAGUAAACAGCAGCACCAAAGACAGCAGCAUGUCAUCUUCAGCACCAACGGAAGCCCAGACAACUGUCGUACACAACCCAGCUGACGGCACGAAGGGUUCCACAGAAAGCUGUAAUAACACAGAAGAGGAGGACAUGAAAGCUGCUCCCGUGCAAGAGCCUGCUUGCAGCAUCAUUGCCCCUGUAGUUCAGCCCGAUCCGGCUCAGAGCUCCAGCCUUGAACCAGAGUCCACCUUGUCUGUCCCAACAGGCAGCAACAAUGCUCAGCAGACUCGUAAACAAGAGAUAAUAAAGAUGACGGAGCAGCUGAUCGAAGCCAUCAACAACGGCGAUUUUGAGGCUUACACGAGAAUCUGUGACCCCGGCCUGACGUCUUUUGAGCCAGAGGCUCUUGGGAACCUGGUGGAGGGAAUGGAUUUUCACAAGUUCUACUUUGAGAACUUGCUGAGUAAGAACAGCAAGCCCGUGCACACCACCAUCCUCAACCCCCAUGUACACCUGAUCGGCGAGGAUGCUGCCUGCAUUGCCUACAUCCGCCUGACGCAGUACAUCGACAGCCAAGGACGACCGAGGUCCUGCCAGUCGGAGGAGACGCGCGUGUGGCAUCGCCGCGACGCCAAGUGGCUCAACGUGCACUUCCACUGCUCAGGAGCACCGGCUGCACCCCUGCAGUGAACUAAGAAGCUAGGCGCAGCUUUGCCUGAACUCUGAAGCUGUUUGGAGCAUUUAAUCUCCAUGGUUGGAUUGGUGCCUGGAUCCUGGCUGCUUGGAAAGGUGGAAAAAAAUAGAAAAAAUACACACACAAAAGAGGGGAAAUGCAUCACGAUUUUAAAAAAUAUAUAUUAUUAACACAAUAAGAACAGAUGGAUAUGUCAAUGUGUGACUGAAUGAAUGAGCGACACCGAUCCAGUCCAACCCUCGCUCGACAUUGGGGGCCAGGCCGCGUGCAGGAGCCCCGCCCCUUCCUGCAGAUGGUGCAUGCUUCUGAUGGCUACACUGGGCUGACCACGCCUUGGCCCUUCUCUCCCACAGCCUUUAUUCUGCCGUCUUUGUUUUGUACGCUGUCUGGAAAAGUAUUAAUAUGUAAAAAAAAAAAAA